AUGUGGGUUCGUUUUCACAAGUGUUAUUCGGUGCUGAUCCGGAACAGUCUGUUCAGACUGAGAAACAGUCGGAGCAGCUUCUGCUUCUGUUCUGGUUCCACUUCACCUCCGACUGGACUUCGUCCCAACCCGCCGGUACCGGAGGACAACGUGUUCUUGCAGCUCGGAGACAAGGCGGUGUAUGUGACGGAGCUCCAGGAAUGUACUCUGAGUAAGCUGCUGGAGAAUCAGAGUCAGCAGAACCCAAAGACUGCCAAAACCUCCUCCUGCACCCUUACAACAAAGGUUGUUUCGGAAUCAUUCCAUCAUUUCUUGCUUUCUGAGCAGCAGCACGGACAAUGGCGUAAAGGCAGUCUGCUUCUUCUCCCUGGAGUGAAGAGGAGAGUAGAGGAACGCCGGGGGUCAGAACCGCUGCCCGGCACCCAGGAUCUUGGAUCAGUUUGUAACUUGGGGGACCAUAUUUUGAAUCAUCAACACAUGGAGGGCCAUGGACACCACCUCCACCUGUCCAGCUGCCAUGAAUGUUUGGAACUGGAGAACAGCACCAUCUUGUCUGUUAAAAACGCCUCUGCAGAGAACAUUCCUGACCUCCCUGACGAUAACUUCACUGAACUGGACAGUAUGGAUGGGUGUGUAGAUGAACUGGAGUAUGAUCCUAAAGAGGGAUGUGGCCAAGGCACUGACUGUACACGUAAACCACCAAAUGUUCUGGUGUACACAGGUGGCUGCCAGCAGCGCUUCCAGGUAGUUCAUCAACUAUUAACAGAGUGUAUAAAUGAUGAAACCAACAUCAUCUACCCCCUCCUGCCACAGCAGGCACUAACUGAUCCUUGGCUGGACAACACCAGGCUCCUGGUCCUGGCAGAGGAGGAACCUCUAACUCCUGAGCUUCAGACACGUUUUCUCACCUACCUGAGUGAAGGUGGAAAAGUUUUGGGCUUAGGCUCCACCCUGUGCCCAGCAGGUCUUAAUCUGGAAAUCAGGGAAAGACAACAGCUGCAGGUCAGACAGCUGGUUUUUACCAGGGAGGACAGCACAGAGCUGAAACUGAGCAUCAUAACAUGUGAAAACGUCUACAUCAGGGAUCCUCAGGGUGGAGGAGAGGUGGAGCUGUGGGGGGAGCUGCAAAGUGACCUCCCACAGCAAAGGGACAUGGUUAUUGUUAGGGUGACCCACGGCGCUGACGGAGGAGAAGCUGUUCUCUGUCAGGUCCGUUUUGACAUUGGACCAGGUUCCCACGGUUUGGAUUCAGAAGACUCUGAAGAGCUGAAGGUCAGCAGUUCCCUGCGACAUGAAAUCCUGACAGAGAUCAUCACCUCUCUGGGUCUCAGCUGUGAACCAAACCAGACUCCAGUCCUGAGCCCAGUUCACUUGCUGGCCACAACUUCAGAGGCCAGGAAUAUCUUCCUGAAGUGGCUCCAGACAUGUGCAGAUUGUGAUAACGUCCUUAGAUUCUCCAAGGCCUCUUUCAAAAUGGUGUCCUCUUCUGAACUCUGUGAUGACGCCCUUCCUGGGGGCUGCCUGGCCUUGAUCACAGAGUGCCAGGAAUUUGACCACUUCGAUAUGGAGAUUUAUUCCAAAAAUCUGCAGACCAGCCAUCUUGGGCACACCCUGCUGUAUGCUGAGAUUGUCACUUCUACAAUGGACCUCUUAGAAGGGCUGGUCUUGAAGUUACCAAACGAUGUGGGUUUAAUAGCAAUAUCUGCUCGACAAACUAAGGGAAGAGGCCGGGGCAGGAACAGCUGGCUCAGCCCACCAGGUUGUGCCAUGUUCACCAUUAGUGUCCAGGUCAAACUGAGCUCCAGACUUGGACAGAGAAUUCCUUUCCUGCAGCAUCUGGCUGCUUUAGCCAUUGUGGAAGCUGUACGCACACUUCCUGGAUACCAGGUUGUGGUGUUAAUGUGACAAACAGCAACCCAACAUUGUGCAUCAAUGACCUGAUCCAAGAGUACAACACCCAGAAUAACUGCAGCCUGGAGCCGCUCAGCUGCCCCCAGCUCAUCGCUCGGAGUCUGAACUUCCUGGAGGACCUCAUCAGAUGCUUUCAACACGAAGGCCCAGGUGCUGUCCUGCCUAUCUACUAUAACAGGUGGCUUCACACUGGGACCCAGGUGCGUCUCUGGAGCGAGGAAGGACCAGAAGCUCAGGUGGUGGGUCUAGACGACAAUGGGUUCUUGCAGGUGUACAGUAAAGAGCAAGGCCUGGUCUCAGUGGAGCCUGAUGGAAACUCGUUCGAUAUACUGAAGAACCUGGUGGUCAUCAAGCAGCGUUAGCACCAAACCAGUAAUUACAGUCACGGCCUCUUAGAACGUUGUUUAGUAUAAAACAAUGUUUUAGAUAAUUGUCCGUUUGGAUGCUGACAGAACUUUUGUUGUUUUACAAAUUUAAAACGGUAAAAUCCAGAUUUUUCUUUACAUUUUCUUAGCCCUGUUGUAAGCAAUUGCAUCCAGAUAACUUUUUUCUACAAAAUAUCAAUAUUAGCUAUUUCUGAAAUACGUUUGAGUCCAGAAAGUUCUACA